AUGUUGAAUUGUUUAUUUUUGUUGAAAGGAAUUUUAUCUUUAGGAUAUUUAGGACUAUUUCUACAAAACUAUAAAAUUAUGUCCGCCACAUUUAAAAAUGCGAAGAAAAAGUUAUCACAACCAGAGCUCAGGAAAAUUAUGAAUGAUCAUAAAAGCAAACCCAAAGAUGUGAAGAAAAUUGAUUCUCCAUUAGCAAAAUAUAAUGAACAGGGACAGUUGAUCUGUGUCUUGUGUCAAUCUGUUGUGAGGUCAGAAGCUGUUUGGACAGUUCACAUAAAUGCAAAACAACAUAAACAGAAUGUUGAAAUGGCCAAAAAGUUGAAGGAAAGGACAAACAACUUCACAAAACCACUAAAGAGACCAUUAACACCACCUCUACCUGAAAGACCAGACAAAAAGAUAAAAGGAAUCCUGAAAAAUGGUACAUCAAAUACUACUGAAGGGAAAUCACCUACAAAUCCUGCUACAAAUGGAAACGAUAAAACAUUGCCAGAUGACUUUUUUGAUUCAAAAAUGAAAAAUGGUAUACCACCAAGUAAAAAGAAUGAGGACAAAGAAACUGAAACUGAAGGAGUGCAAGAAGCUGAGGAUGCUUUACCAGAAGGAUUUUUUGAUGACCCCAAAUUGGAUGCAAAGGCUAGGAAUCAAGAAUACAAAGAUCCAGUUGAAGAAGAGUGGGAAAGAUUCCUGAAAGCAAUUAAAGAUGCAGAUAAUGAAAGUAAUGCAAUUAUGGCAGAAGAUCAAGAAGAGUCUACAACCGAGAGACAAAUAGAUGAAAUUGAUGAGCAAAUGAAAAAAUUAUCAAGAGUAUUGGAUUUGGAAAAGAAGAAAGAGGAAAUAGUAGCAGCUUCCAGUGAACCGAAACAAUCUUCUACCAGCGAAGACAAUGAGGACGAAAAUCUGGAUGAUUUUGAUGAAUUUCUGGAUUGGAGGGAUAAGAAAUCCUUUCAAUAG